AUGUUUGGAGGAGGAGACAAAGUCCCCAACGUGGGCACCCUCGACAAGCCCGAGAAGCUUGACGAUCUCCUGCGCGAGGACCGCGGCGAUGAUUGCAUGUCCUGCAGAGUUGUCGGAAGCGGUGCAUUUCUCGGUCUUGCAGCCUACAACUACAUGUCCGGAAUGGGCCAACUCGAAAAGAACCGUCCGUUAAUCCUCAAGUCCAAGUCAAAGUUCGGUAUGCAGAGUCGCAAGAUGGGCAUUAUCAGCAUCUCCAUCGGCUUGACAUACUUGGGAAUCUGGAGAUUCUUCAGAUAA